AUGUCCUCGACAGCCGACACUCAGGAGGCGGCCGGGCAGCAACCAGAGGCUGUGUCCGACUUCUCUCCCACUUUCAAGAUCUUAAACAAGGGGGAUUCGGCCAGGGACGGCUCUAACGACGGUCAAAUAUCGUCAUCGGAUGAUGAUGCUGCUGCUACUGAUUGCAUCCAAGUGUUGUUCCCUCCAACUCGGGAACAGCAUCAAGAAGAGGCACUUCAGGCAGGGCAAAUUUUCGAAGUUUUGAAUAAGAUUGGCGAUAUACGAUGGAUCGAUUUUUCGAACUUCCAUUUAGACCACACCGUUGUGGUUGUUUACUUCGAUCUUCGCGCUGCUCAACGAGCAUAUACUAGACUCAAUGAGGACUCUUCCAUAGUUGCAGAGUUUUACGACUCGAGAGCCUGUGCUUCGAUAAAUGCCUCUGUAGGGGCUCCCGGGCUGAAAUUAAAGCCCGCGACAGGACCUGAUAGAGCUGGAGGGUUACAUACUCCUGGUUCCUCUGGAGGCUCUUGUUCUGGAGCUCAGCGAGCUGCCAUGAUGGGGUACCAACAGCCACGAGUGGUCCCUGUGGAGAGUGGAAGCGGAUCUGUUGCGCCUCCUCCUGAGUUGCCAGAAAAAGCCUCUUGUGUAUCUGAGUCGGUGGGCAGCAGCCGCAAGUAUCCCAAAACAACUGCGGUUCCUAAUUCGCAGUUCGUGAUAGACUUGGGCAAAGUGGCGAGUGGUGCGGACCCACGAACGACUUGUAUGAUUCGGAAUAUUCCUAACAAGUACACCCAGAAGAUGCUCCUCAAGCUAUUCGAUUCGGUACCUAGCAUAUGCGGACAGUAUGACUUCUUCUAUCUGCCGAUGGAUUUUCGAAAUAAAUGCAAUGUUGGCUACGCCUUCAUUGACUUUUCUAACCCGCGAACAAGUAUUCCCGCGUUGGUACGGGCGCUCGAUGGUAAGAAGUGGGAGAGGUUCAACUCGGAGAAGAUAUGCAGAAUUACGUUUGCGAGACUCCAAGGCUCGAAGCAGCUCAUGGACCACUUCCGGACAUCUAGUGUAAUGCAGCAGUCAAACAAGCAGAUCAGACCAUGGUUCCAAAGGGAUCGUUCGGCUGGUCAUCAGCAGCAGCACCACCCUCAUAUGUCACAUUCUUCUGGGGACCGCUCGAGGCACUAUCAGCUCUCUGAGCCGGUUUUUGAGAGACCAACGACUUUGACUGCUGCAUCUAGUGACGCUGGUAUGAACUAUGAUAAUGCUUUGGCCGACCUCUGUGCGAUUGGGGAGCCUAGCCUCCUUGCUACAGCAUUAGCCGAGCUUCAGCGUAACGAGGAAGAUCCUUCGUCGGUGAUUCUGGACAACUUCCCUCUAGAAGGCUGGUCCGAUGCCGCUAGUUCUAUUGGAGGGUUCAGUGCUCCGGCCACCUACUUCUCGGGACAGCCUUGUUCGUCUGCUCUUCAGUUUGCCCAGGAUGCAUACAAUCAUUUGGAUUCCAGCCCACCACCUGGGUGGUCGGCCCAACCUGAUGAUAGAUGGCAGACCAACGGCACUGAGGGCAGAUUCAUGAAGUAGUUUAAAUUGCUUAACGGCUCUCGGAGGAGCUCAGUGAGCUCCUGAUUUGUUCUCAUUGUUGCCAUUCUCUAGAACUUCUCGUAUAUCUGUACUAUUAUGAUCUCCUUACCUUUACCAUACCGCCACAGUCUCUCCUUUCCCCCCGGAGCUCCUCUUCAUCGUCGUAAGUCCUUCUCCUGCUACUACUUCUACUAUCGCUAAAGAUGAUAAUGAUACUCACGCUCUCGCUCGAGAGGCCGCCCAAGGCCAGUUUGUGGGUUUUCGUAUAUCUUCAUUCUGCACUCUAUCGUGUUAAGCUGAUACCAUCAUUGUCGAUGUUGCCUAG